CUACUUCUUGAUGAUUCUUUACAGCCGUUCCACUUGCUUGUACAAGGAACAUCAAGCUCCAUGAAUUUAACCUCUAGAUAAAAAUAAAUCAAAAGCCUGAAAAGGGAAUUAAGCUAAACCCCUCUCAACUGAAUCUAGUGCCAGGUUUAUAGCUUGAAGUUUACAGCUAUAUGGUUCCAUGCCAAACCCUUUAAAGCAUUCACUCUGGCCCUAUGAAACACGAGCAGCGCUGUAGCCUUGACCUGGAAUUCAAGCCCAAUACCCAGCAAGGUGGAUAGCCAUGGUAGGAAAAGGCCUCUAGCUUGUACAGGCUCAUGGGUGGUCUGCAGUUACAUGAACACUUGUCUACUCAUUUUCAAGCCUUCUUCACCAUGAAUAGUAUGACCUAUCUCCCUAUGACCCAUCUGUGACUGCAUACACAAGUUUGAUUCCUCUCACACUGCUUAUACACAUAAAUAACACCCAAGAGCUCUAUGUGCUAGCAGUUCCUCUCUGCUGCAGUCAGACUUUGAACACUGUCUCCUGUGAGGAACUGUGGCAAGGCAUUGUUGCAGGUUUAUUGGGGUCCUGAUGGACAAUAAAAAAAGUCUUGGACAUGGCAAAGUUGGAAUGCAGUGUGUGCAGUUUCAGGAGCUGCAGGUAGAGAGGGAAACCUUGCUAGUGACUAAUCGAAGUCUCGCAGAAGAAAGCCUUGCACAUCGGCCCCGGCUCCAGAAUGGUAAACUUCAGCUGGCUGCUAAGUACGAGGAACUCGCAAAGCUGACCGCUUCCUACAGGGAAAAACAAAGCAGACUUGAGACCCACACGCAGAUGCGCAGUCCACAGACGGCUCAGAAUCUCCUACAAGAGGAGGUGGCACAUGCUGAGGAGCAAUCUGAGGAGCUUCUGAAGAGAUUCAUGGAGGGCCAAGUCCCACUGGAGGGCUUUCUGGAUUCCUUCCAGAGCUUCAGGAAGACGUAUCACAUCCGCCGUGCUCAAGUUGAGAAGAUCCAGGAGCUCAACCGCUCUGAGAGGAAGCAGACCAAGCGCUUAGAGGAAGAGGAGGAAGAGCAGAAGAAAAAGGGUCAGGGGUCAAAAGAGUUCCGGCCCAACGGCAUUACCUCCCAUGGGUCGGCUCGCGUCUUCCAGGUGCGUUACGGCCUCACGCCGGCCAUCCUGGUGCCCCUGUCUACGUCCUCAGCUUCAGCCACUAGCUUGUCUCCUCUGGACUCAUGCCCAGGACAGCGGCAGGCUUUAGGGCAUGGUGCCCCUCAUCCAUGCCCUGGCCAACCUGUGGGCCUCAGAGUGAUAGGACAGUUACCAGGCUGGCCGAUCAGACCGGUGCGUUUACAGCAGCUCUAUAGGCCCAGUCCACAUCAGCAUGAACCUCCAUAUCGAUAGCGUCCAAACACUGUGCAUCAGUAAUGUCUGACUUGAUCUACUCAGAGACCUUUGGGUUAAUGUAAAAUUUUCAUUGGACAACACAAAGGUCGCUUUCAUCCGCCUAAACGGGAGAUGACUGGAAAGCCAUAAAAUGUCUUGUCUAUGUUGUGAACAAGCCAAGGGGUUGUACAACUCCAGGGCGUCUCUGUCAUUGUUGCCGGUGUGUGUCAUUUUGUUUUCUUCCUGUCCCUUUUGUCGGGAUAUGGCUGCUGCUUUUGUGAGGGAAUGAGAGUCGUUAAGACACUGAUUUCUGACUGGAAGGACUUGUUUGAUGCCAAUGAUGUUCUGAGAAAUGCCAGGCUAAUGAUAUUGCCUUGUUAUGGUAAUGAUUAUCAAUAAAGUCCUAUUAUAAUGUUUA